AUGCUUGGUUCAAUCACAAAAGUGUCAGCCGUCUUCGCGGAAGGAAGUUCGUUUUGUUGUUGCGAACCGACACGGGAAAUAUUGUGCUUUUCUUAUCACAAGUUUACAUAAUUUAGUGGUUAGGCGCCUAUAAAUACGUUAAGAAAUAAUAAUUCUACUUAAUUACGUGAUAAACAUGCAGGGCACCCGCUCUGUUCCGUAGCAAAAAAUAAUCUGCACAGCAAAUUUGUUAUGAUAAGAUGCUGUGUGCAGUGUGAAGCAGACAAUAGAUGAAAGAGUCGGUCUGUAAGUGCGUAAAUAUUGUAAAUUACUUUAGGGCGUAAUUGGCUACUGCCGCGUCGUGUGUGACAACGUAUGUUCGCUUGAUAACUUUCCCCUCCGGAACUGUGACCAUGGGAAGAUAAAGUUAGCCUUUGAACGAAUUUCGUGCCGACCAUAUUGACUGUGUGUGAUGCGGGUCGUGACGCCGAAGAAAGAUAGCGAAGACCAUGAAGAUUGGUGCUGCGUUGUUGAUGUUUAAUAGCCGAAGCUGAAAACAGUGCGAACAACUAGAAAAAAAUUGUAGUAGUGUUCAGUAAUGCCGUACCGAAGGAUUGAAUGAAGCAUCUCACUGAAAAGGAAAUCUAAGCGGUGAAAAUGUGUUGACCGUGUGUUUUACGUAAUAAACUACCACUAAUGCUGUGUUAGCACCUUAGCACAUGUGUGUAAUACUAACACGCAAUGCCAGCGUAGACAAAAUGCAGUUGAAAUAGACGGCAUUGGCGUGUAGUUCGCUGGUGAAUCAAGUUGUUUAUUUCUGCACUCGCACUAAAGAGAAUGAAUGAUCAAACCUGCCACACGAUCAACGGUACCAGCAACAGCGAAAAAUGGAUGCCUGUUUGAUCGGAAUGUUCCGACAAGUUUGCCGUAGACCAACGAGAAAGGUCAUCACACAUGCGAAGAUCUGCACGAUUAAUUAAUUCGAUGGAAGGUUAAGAAGUUUACAUUGCACUUGGAAGCAGUGAGAAGUGCGUGCGUACUUGCGUGUGAAGAUCUAAAAAUAUCAGAUUUUAUCCCAGUGGGUGAGCGGAUCGAAUAUUUAGCCGUGCUUCCAAAGGUGCGCGUCAGUGAAAAUUCUAAACGAUUUUGUCACGAGGCGUUGCUGGGUUACUUGGCACAAUGUCGAUAUCAAACGGAAAAACAUCUUCCGACAUUGAGAACGCGGAAUGGAAUUCCACUGGCAUGCUGACACACACCAGAUAUGGGUCUAGCAGCAGCCAGGCGUCACAGAGCAGUGGAGACAUCUGCCGUAUUUGCCACUGCGAGUCGGAUCCACUAAAUCCAUUGCUCACACCCUGCUACUGUUCCGGAAGCCUGAAAUUUGUACACCAAACCUGCCUCCAGCAAUGGCUGACCGCAUCCGAGACGAACGCUUGCGAGCUGUGCAAGUUUCCGUUUAUAAUGCACACCAAAAUCAAGCCGUUCAACGAGUGGCACAGCCUGGAGAUGUCUGGGGUGGAACGGAGGCGAUUAUUUUGCGCGGUUCUAUUCCACUGUGCUGCCGCUUUGUGCGUGAUUUGGUCCCUCUGUGUGCUGAUUGAACGGGCUGCCGAGGAAGUGCGCCGAGGACUUAUUGGAUGGCCCUUCUGGACGAAGCUUGUCGUGGUCACGGUCGGGCUGACCGGUGGUGUGGUAUUCAUGUACAUCCAGUGCAAACAGUAUUUGAACCUAUGCAAUAGGUGGCGUGCGAGAAAUAGAAUACUGUUAAUCCAAAAUGCACCGGAGAAAGUCCACCCGCCUCAGUCACCCGUAUUGCAGCAGUUCCGUCGUGUUCGAACGGCAGCUAGAGCCGGAAGUGUCACUGGACCCGGAAACGGUGGCAGUGGCGGAGCUGGAAGCAGCACUAGUAAUAAUUCUGUUACAAUAGGUCCGAUGAUGCGUGGGUUCGAUCAGCAGCUCAUGGGAUCGAUCGGUACCGGUGGAGGGGGCCAUGCAUGUGAGUUACAAAUAAGUCACCAGGGACAGAUUAUAGCUGCAAACAUUGAAAACAGCUCGAUCAGUUAUGAUCGGGACUGGACGCUGGACGAUAUUAGUCAAAUGUCGUUUAAACCGUGCCCCCAAGGUAGUGGCAGCUUGACGCCAUUACCGUUCCAUGACUCAGCACAUAAUAUAUGCGAAGGAAGUGGCAGCGGUGGAAGUGGAGUUAUGGUAGCGACACAUCGUUACUCGGCGAUCUCCGAUUCAUCCAAUACGGCUCAGGAGGAGGAGCAGACACAACAAAAUGCUAGUAUUAUCGAACAAAGUAGUGGUAGCUGUAACAGUAGCAUUAAGACGGCUGAUUUAAAUUUGUUCAAAAUGCCGCAGAACGCAGAACUGACUAGUGUUAGUAGUAAUAAUACAGGACUACCAUCGGGACCGAACAGCACUGCUAGGUACCCGAACUCAGCAAUAUUCUUGGAGAAUCGUGAUAUACUUAACGAUCCUUCGUGCUCCGAGCUGAUGACACAUCCAACGCAAGCAUACAAUCGGCAUUCGAUCGUUUUGGGUAGUACUGGUGGCAACGGACAUCAUAAUCAAGAUGAAUCACGCCAUGACAUGCGUCGCUACUCUGAUACUAAACUGUUACAACAACAGCAGACACUUAGCUAUGUAAGCGAACUACCUGCCGAGUACAGUCCUACCAAAGAUCAAAUACUCCUAAAUCCGAAGAGCAUAAUAUACGACAUGACAACUUUUCUCGGUCCCGUUGUGCCACAAGACUUCGAAUCAAGUCCAACAAACUCUAAUCAACACCAUCAGCGAAACCCUCGCCACCAUCGUCAUCAUCACAUGCUUUCGGCAGCUGCAGCCACAGACAGUCCUAGUCACCUCAUCCAGACUACCGACAUCCAGUUCGAUAGUCAAUUCGACGAAGAAUCACCCACACCACGACCCUCUCCGUACGAUCCACUGGAACUCAAUAUUCAAGAAAUGCUCGAACUGGACAUUGCCAAUAUACAACGACUGCGCGAUAAAAACCCUUCACUUGGUAACAUUUCCCAACAUUCAUCCUCCUCCUAUUACCAGGAUGAUCCCUCUUCACCAUGUCUAAGUCAACAAGCAACUGCAACCGUUUGGCGGCCUGUUCCGUCCUUCGGUUCCAGUCCCAGGCUGGAACAACCUAGCGCUCAAACUCACCCACAAAUGCCUCAAUACCACCCAAAGCCUGAACCUACAGCACAGUUUACAAUAGCACCUGCUACAGCAGCUGCUGCAGUCACCGUGCAUGACGAUAGCGGACAGUGUAGCACCAAUCGACUCAAGCUCUUUAAGUCUCUACCGAAUUUAAGCGCUAGUAGUGAAAAUUUACUGCCUCCACCAAAACGGUUUGAUUGAAGCGUUACGUCCGCUAGCAUACAGCAUUUUUUGAAUAUCAGUUUUUCCGUAAUAGAACUGUAAAAUAAUGUAAAAAAUGAAGUAAAACAACCAGAUUAUUUAAAUUAUUUUUGUUUCGACACAGAAACUUUGUGAUAUUUUCUUAAACUCAGCGCCAUUCAUCUGCUUCAAACGGUAAACUCUUCACAUAAAUGGAAAUAAGUCAGAUGUGGUGGAUUUAUAUUAUCAGUAGCAGCAGGUACGAAAAUAUCGUAUUAAGAAAAUACAAAUAGGAAAUAAGUCACCCGGUUUCGGUUCUCGAGAUAAGAUGCUGGUCUCACAAGGCAUUCAUCGAAUAUACCAAACCUGGUUCAAAAAAAGCUCGCAGCCGAGAAUUUAUCGUGUACAAUCGGGGUUACGACGUCAGCCUCAAAUAGAAGGGCAUAUUUAAGAAACGAAAGGUAGUGCCAAGACUUUGCAACAAAUAGGAAGUCCAUUAUGUAAGGGCAGUAAUAGCGCUAAUACUUUUCGCGGUUGCGAUAGCGCAUACUACAAGGUAAAACGUGGCAUUUUGGGCAGAGAUGAUACUUUAUCGAAAAUAUAAAAAAAAUUAUUGGAGAGUUGCAAGAGAAAGCCCAAAAUAUUUCUUCAUUUUCAUUUAAGCAACUCUAGAAGAAAGCCAGUGUGAUAGGAUUGAAUGCGAAAAAUAAAAGAUUGAAUGUUAUCUUUAGUACAGAGUACGUUCGUGCUAGCUUUCAAUACAUUAUUUCAAUACAUUAUUACUUGUAAAUUGUUAGCGCAGCGGAGUUUGAGCAGAGCAGUUUUUAAUUUUCUCGUUUGAAAUAGAGCUACUGGAAACAAAAUAAGACAAAGUAACAAGAAUGGAUUUGUAUCUUCGAAAAACCUUGUUCGCUAGUUAUAAAAAAACACGAUCCUGACAGAAAGCUUUUAUUAUCAAUCAUGAAGUGUAAGUGUCCACGUGGGGAAGAAAUAUAAUUAUGUUGAGAGCAAUGAUAUUAGCAAUGUUACUAUCGUUGUAACACAAAAUUGAUCACGAUCAAACCGGUUUAGCCGUUUUCAAGUACAACGACAGAAACCUUGCUUUUUUGUAUAUUAUAUCCACAGACAAACAGACGUGCUACUCGAUGACGAUUUCAUUGACCCGAAAAAUAACGAUUAUUUUAAAAUUUUGCUUAGUGGGCAAUAAUGCCGCUAGUGUCGCUAUAAGCAAGCGUACACAGUCAUUAUCAAAGACAAAAACCGUCAGUAAUGCCACUGGUGUUGAUUUAAGCAAGCGUGCACACCCAAAGA